AUGGACAGGAUGGUGUUGUGUGUGGGGUUCCUGGUUCUGAUGGCGUCUUUCAGAGGCGGCGCUCGGGCUCAGAGCCCCUCCCCCGCUUCCUCUCCCCCAAAGAAGGCCCCAGCGGCUCCCCCGCCCCUCGCGGUGCCUCCCGAAAAGCCCUGCUCGAAGGUUAUCCUCCAAAGCCUUGCCCCCUGCCUGAGCUACGUCACGACUCCUAAGGGCGGCCGGACGAAGCCAUCCCCCGACUGCUGCGAUAGUUUAAGGAAGUUCUUAGACGACCGACCCAAGUGCCUUUGUUUUCUCAUCGACUCCAAUUCGACCUUCCCCAUCGCAGUCGACCGAGGGCAGGCCCUCAAUCUCCCCAAUGCCUGCAACGCGACCAUCCCUCCGAUCGACCGGUGCUUGCGUAAGUCCCUUCUUUUCCUUUUACUCCUUGUGCUCUUCAUGAUUCGUGCAGCACAUUAUGCAUCGGUCAAAACGUUUCUACGAAUCCCUAUCGCUAUUUUAUUUCGUUUUCCAGGUCCCGGUCCUACCGCCCCGAGUCCCGCCCCCCCGCCGAGCAACGCUGCCAACCCAAGUCUCGUUCCCUCCGCCGCUGCUUUUCUCGCGGGCAUCUCCCUCGCCAUCGUCGCCGCCUUCCUCUGA